AUGGCCAAUGCAGUUCUCCGCCAAGAUGGAACACCGGCAGCAUCCCGCACAGCCGCCCGCCUACUGCGCCGCAAGGAGCAACCAGUCCAACAAGUGUGGAAGGAAUUCAUCCAGCGCGGCACCACCACGACCAAGCCCCAAGCAUCACGGGACAUGUCCCACCGCACACGACUGCCGGUGACGUCCGACCUGAUUCAAGAAUUCGUCCGCCAUCGUCGUCAAGACCGACAACGCACCGUCGCCAAGGACGUUGCCCACUUUUUGCGGUCUGAAAACCGCCUGGAUUUCGAUCCGGAAUCGGAAUCCUCCACGCAGCAUGUCCGAUGA